CCGAUCAGAAUUUUGCCAGAAAGUCCGCACUGUCAGCAGAACAUUUGUGUUUGCUUCAGCAGUCAACUGGCCUGACCGGCAUGUUAGAGAUAUAUCAUCACAUGUAAACCUGGGAAUUUCUCACUUCCCUGUACUGACUAUAUCCUCUUCUAGCUCAAUAUAUAUCAGUCUGCUGCAGCUUCUCUCAUGAGUUACUGCUCGCAGGGAACAAAACGCUGAAUUCAGCCUCGAGCGGUCAGUGGAGACUGAGGUGAAAACCAUGUCCAACACGGGAUUUUCAUCAUUUGUCUGUUUACUUCUUGUCAGCUGCAUCUGUUGCAGCAGAGCUAUGACGACUGCUCUCAACCAGGAGGCUUCGAACGACAGACCUGUGAUCGGUAUUUUGACUCAGAUGGUUUCAGAUGAUGUCUUGAAACCUUGGGGGAAAGUCUUCAUACCUGCGUCCUAUGUGAAGUACAUUGAGUCUGGAGGCAGCAGAGUGAUGCCUAUCAGAUUGACUCAUACUACUCGUGAAUAUGAAAACAUCUUUAAGAAGAUAAAUGGUCUGCUGCUCAUCGGAGGAGCUGUGGAUCUGCAGAAGUCAGACUAUGCCAAGGUGGCGAAGAUUUUUUAUCAACUCGCUUUGAAGGCCAACGACGCAGGGGACUUCUUCCCCAUCUGGGGCACAUGCAUGGGCAUGCAGCUCCUGACUGUUCUGGUGGCCGGUGAAAAUCUGCUGACAAACACCACAGCAGAGAACAUAGCACUGCCCCUCAACCUGACCCCAGAGGCCCACUCCAGCAGGAUGUUCCAGGGUUUCUCUGAUGACUUCAUGAAGAUUUUGACCCAAGAACCACUGACUGGUAAUUUUCACCACUAUGGACUAGAAAUGAAGAGCUUCCAGGAAAACGAGAAGCUGAGAAAUUUCUUUUCCCUCUUGUCUACAAACGUUGCUGAAAACAGAGCCCACUUUGUCUCAACCAUAGAAGGGAAGAGAUAUCCCUUCUAUGGAGUGCAGUGGCACCCGGAGGUGAAUCGUUUUCAGUGGGACAGAAAGCUGAACUUUCCUCACUCCCCUCACGCCGUCCAGCUAUCGUCUCUGCUGGGGGAGUUCUUUGUCAAUGAAGGAAGGAAGAGUUCACAUCGGUUUGACGAUCCUGAGGAAGAGGAUUCUUCACUGAUUUACAACUACACGCCCAUCUUUACUGGAAACCUCACAGGAUAUGAGCAGCUUUACUUUUUCUGAAAUGACUUUGUGUGUCUCUGUGGCUGAACAAAACAAACCUUUAUGUGCAGUUUUUGUGGCACUUAAGUCCAGAACUGUGUGUAUGUGUGUGUGUGCCGUGGAGACGUUUCUGCUCCAGUGUUGUUUACGCCCAGUUUGUUUGAAUUUCACCACUUAUAAAAAAUAAAUCAGUAUUUGACGAAACA